CAGUUUCAUUUUCUUGUCAAGUCUCGUGAUGCUUAUAAAAACAAGGCGUGGAUUGGCUUGGGUGGGUUCGCUGUCCAUCAGCGCUGUUGGAUUUGGGGUGGGGUGUGCGAGGCGUGUCCUAGGACUCCCGAGCUGGAAUUCCAGCCCCCUCCUCGCUUUGCGGGAACUGGCCUGGGAGAAUGUUCGGUGUCUCAGCCAGCUAAGGUAGCUCAGAAACUCGAAAAUGUGCCCAGCAACAUUCCGAGCGUGGACAGGCAACUGGCAGGAUAGGAUCCUUCGAGAUUGAACAUGUCUGAGAUAGACGAGGACCCCGAAAGGGCAGAGGCUGGGGGAGGACCAAUCUCUCCUGCCCAGGACUGCAUUUCUAGCUCCAAGGACAUUUGCCACGGUGGCCUGGGGAUUCCCUGCCUGCCUGGGAGAACAUGGCCACGGAGGAGGUCCACCAGCUCCACCAACCUGAGCCAGCUGAGAUGAUGCGCCUUGAAGGCCCACAUUUGAAUCAAGGGCCAGGCAAAUCCCGUGGAUCCCUGGCUCCUACGGAAGAGCUGGUGUCCAUCUCCCAACCGGAGGAAGAGGAGCAGAAUGAAGAGGAAGCAGAGGAAGAGGAGGAUGAAGAGGUGGAAGAUCCAGACCUGGCCCUGCACCCGGAGGAAGAGAAGGAAGAAAGUGACCUUGGGGCUCCAGCUACAGUCAGUGCUGCCCCAAAGACACAGCCUACAUUUCCCAGUGUUGGCUCAUCAGCUGGGCAACUUGGACCUCACCUGGCCUCAUCAGACCUGUCUCUCUCCUGCGGCCCAUUGACCUCAGGGCUGUCCAGCCUUCCCAGUCAUUUGACCCAGCUCCACCCUCAGCACCAACUCGUCCUGGAGCAGCAGCAGAGUCGAACCCCAAGUCCUCCCGCCAAGAAGUCUUGGUCCCAGCAGCCAGACCCCUAUGCUAACCUAAUGACCAGGAAGGAGAAGGACUGGGUGAUAAAAGUGCAGAUGGUUCAGCUGCAGAGUGAGAACCUCCGCCUGGAUGACUACUACUACCAGGAAUAUUAUCGGAAAUUAGAGAAGAAGCAGGCAGACCAAGAGCUACUGGGACAGAGGAGCCAGUUGGAAUCUCUCAAGCUGGAAACACCUUACAUUCAGAAGGCAGAGGUUUAUGAAUCAGUGGUUCGCAUUGAGGGUUCUCUGGGCCAAGUUGCUGUGUCAACAUGCUUCAGCCCUCGCAGAGCUAUUGACGCCGUACCCCAUGGAACUCAAGAGCAGGAUACAGGAGCUGCAAGCAGCCAGAGGCUUCGGCUCUUACAUCGGAUCGAGAAGAUGUUCCUGCAAUUACUGGAGAUCGAGGAGGGCCAGAAGGAUGGGCUCUCACAGCCCUUCUGCUCUGAGCAGCAUAGCGACCAAGUUGAGAAGCUCUUCCAGGCCCUCAGGACCCAGGGGCAGAACAACUUGGAGGAGGUGGCAGAUAGCAUCCUGCAGGUGCUAUCAGUGAGGAAGGGGAAAGCCCUAGUGGCCCGGCUGCUCCCCUUUCUGCCUCGGGAUCGGGCUGUCAGCCUGCUUCUGACUAUCACCCACCAUCUGCCCCUCCUGGUCCGGAGGGAUGUGACUGACCAGGCCUUGCAAAUGCUGUUCAAGCCUCUGGGCAAAUGGAUCAGUUACCUAACCUUCCACGAACUCCUCCAAGGGCUUCAAGGACUCACGUUGCUGCCAGCCAGCUCCUCGGAACGACCAAUCACUGUGCUGCUUCAGAACCAGUUUGGAAUAUCUCUGCUGUAUGCUCUGCUGAGUCAUGGGGAGCAGCUGAUAGCCCUGGAUAAUUCUCUAGAGAAACCUAACAGUGACCACACAAGUUGGACAGACAUGGUGGUUCUGAUUGCCUGGGAGAUAGCCCAAAUGCCUACAGCUUCUUUGGCGGAACCACUAGCCUUCCCAAGCAACCUGCUUCCCCUGUUCUGUCAUCAUGUGGACAAACAACUGGUUCAGCAGCUAGAAGCUAGGAUGGAGCUGGCCUGGGUCUGUUGAUCAGUUGAAGCUUUCUCCAUCUACGUAUUCCAGAACCACCACCAGACACAGGUGGUAUGAGGUGGCCUAAAGGGAUUCAGAGAACCUAAAGACAAUCCUUACGCCUUAAGAUGUGGAGGACCUUGCCCCAAACCUGUUCAUAUCCUUUCUUCAAAAACCCAAAUAAUGUGCCUAACGUUAUGGCAUAAAAAGGUACAAUUAAAGAUGUAACAGAAAUGAUGUGUUGAAAUCUGUUUGUAAGGUAGGAUUUAUAAUGGAAGCCUUCUUAAUGUGUGAUUGCUGUUGAAUUGUCCGUUUAAUAAGGGAUAAGUCUAGUAUCCUCUCAGAACUUGCUUCAAUGUUGCCAAUUUUUAUAAAGAGAAAACAGCUAGAGCUAAGAGGUCUGGAUA